GUAUUCGCUCGAGCAGUCGAUCGCGACGCGAGCAGAGGAACCUGCUCAGGUGUGACUUGUCGCGGUUUUUCCGUGCGAGUGCAAUGCAAACUGCGCUACCUUGUGCCUCGUAAACACGUGUUGUUACCUAAGUUCCUAGUAAUUAACGAAUUACUGACGCCACCAAACACCUGCCUACGUUUGCAGGCAAGAAACACUCUGGUCGCGCGUCAAACAAUUUGCAUACGAACGAUCUUUUUGUAUACUGAUAUUUUAGCGAGCGCGCACAAGGGAAGAAGCAUGUAUCGCUUUAGACGUAAAACGAUCGUGUUCGCAAUUAUCUGUGGAUUGGUCGUGGCACAGAACGACGACCUCAACUUCCACCAUGAUUCUGACAGCUUGGUUUUCCCUGGCCCGAGCGGCAGGAAUGGAAAGUCGAAGCCUACCGUGCAACCAGCCAACAGAUUUGCAGCUACUGACAACGAACUGGAGAGAUCGCUGCAAUUAGCGAAGAAAAUUAAUUCCGUCACAUCGGUUGACGAGUUCCUUAACCUUGUCCAUGGUGUACCAGAUAGCGAGGCCUUUUCUCUUAGCGGUAGAAUGGGAGAGACCGGUGAACGUUCGAACGCGGAACGACCUGUUCCAGCUACGUGUACACCGGAAUUACAAACAGUUCCUCUGAAACAAGACACCGAUCCUUCAACUAUUUAUUACCCCUCAUGCACCCGGGUUAAAAGAUGCGGAGGUUGUUGUAGCCAUUCGUUGCUUUCCUGCCAACCGACCGCUGUGGAAACUCGAAAUUUCGAAGUGCUCGUGACGUCGAUCGAACAAUCUUAUGGAUUGACCUAUAAAGGCAAACGGAUUGUGCCAUUAGAGGAACACACGAAAUGUCAGUGCGACUGCAGAAUUAAGGAGGAGCAUUGUAACGAGAAGCAAUCCUACAUACCAGCGGAAUGUAGAUGCAUGUGCAACAACGUCGACGAGGAGGAGAAGUGUUACAAGAACAACGACACGAAGAUCUGGAAUCCAGAACUUUGUACCUGCUUUUGUAGAGAGGAGCAAGAAUGUUCUACUGGCUUUUACUUCGACCAAAAUACGUGCAGUUGUCGACAAGUACCAUUGUCCAGGGCUUGGUUUCCAGCCACAAAAGGAGCUAAUUAUGGAUUUAGUCAAACACAAAAGCCAGAUGUACCACCGGUGAUAUUUGCAUUAGACGCAACAGAUCCCAGAAGAAAACCUAAACAGGACCCGGAAUACAAAUAAGGAUGGAUAUUUAAAAGAUAGAUCACAAGACUUAUAAAGACAGUUAUUUAAUGGAACAUGCUUAUGGUUCGACCCUCUCCCUGUGUGCCAUUCAAUUACAACAUACACCAUGUAAUUAUAGUAUUUAUGUGAUAGUAUUACUUCAACAUUGCAGGAUAUAAGUCACUGUAUUUUUGUAUAUCAAGAGACUUUGUGAUAGGAGAAAAUACAAUUAUUUAAGAUACAAUAUGUAUCUAUAAAAUAUUACAAA